UCUCGCUCUCGCAAACCCUAGCCGUCCGCCGCCGCCGCCGCCGCCGUCCCCGCCCCCGCCCCCGCCCCCGCCCUCUCGGCGAGCCAUGGCGCUGCGCACACUCUCCGCCAGGAUGCGUUCCUCCGCCCUACGCGUGCCUCCGCCGGCUCCCCGCGACCUGCCGGCGCUGGCGGCCCGCGUUCGUCCAAGGUUCUUCUGCAGCACCUCCGCGCAGGGUGGACAGCAGGGCAAAAGACUUGAUUUGAACAAGGCAAGUCAAGAGGAGGUCCUGCGUGAGGUCGAGUUGAUUGGCAAACAGAUAGAUGAAGCCUGGGAAGGAGUGAGGAGGGAGAAGGAGAAGGUGCCUUACCUGAUGAAGGACAUGUUUGGAACAGUGAAGAGAUGGUUUAGCGCUGGCAUUUUUUUCACGGCCAUGUUGACCGCCCCCAAGUUGCGCCCUGCAGCUGAAGCUCAACCAGAGCAGUGACUUGCGCUCAUACUGCUUAUGGCGUAGCUGGUAGCUGUAUGUCUCUACUCUACUGCCAGCGCUCUGAAGUAGUAGUACUAAUAUAUAUAUAUAUAUAUAUAAAUUAUGUAACAGAACUCCAGUUACGGACGUCUCUCUACUCUCACUGGGUUUAGCUUGCUUCUCUUCUGAAAGAGCAAAUGCAGCACUGCUGCUGAGUUGAAACUUACUCGACCCCAUUUUCGAUUUGGCUGUUAAGAUGUAUGAUUCCUAGACCUACCCGUUGAAUCAGCUGCCAUGCCAGCGGAAAAACCAGACAAUAUGUUGUUUCGCUCAUACCUUUUGUAAUGUAAUCUGAAUGUCUAAUUCGUGGCA